AUGGUCAUCGUAUUUCGGCACAAAUGUGACGUACGUCUGGCUUUAAUUGUCUAUAAAUGGCUUUAAUUGAUUUGUGAUAAUACAAAAAGAGGGUUCCUUCAAGUGGAUCUGAGUUGGAAAAGCAUCUACCACAAGGGGGGUGUGAAUGUGUUACAAUUUCAUUCGGCACAGAAAGGGCAACGUAUAUCGUAUGUACAUUUCAAGCCACUUUAUCAGUCUGAACCACAUUAACGGGAAUAAAGGUCCGUGCUUUUCAUGAGAAGAGAAGGACUGCAUAAUGAAAGCGCAUACACAGUUGAGUGGAGCGCAGCGCUCUGCACCAGCCGGCGGCAGAAGGGCUGCAUAACACAGCAAAGUGGCCUAAGCAUGUUCAAACGUGUCAACGGAAAGUUACUUCCUUUGCGGGACAAUUCUUGUUCUCAUCUUUCUUUCUUAUAAACAUCAUCUCUUACCAGAUAAAACAUCCCAAUCAUCAUACCACUCUCUCACUCCAAUCAUGUCACUCUCAAAACAUAUCGACGCAGACGCUUUAAUCUCUGCUGCUGAAGAUCAUCCUCAUUUGAGCUUGGUAGAACGUUCGAAUGAAUCUCGAUUGAACCAUCGUGUUGGAGGUCGUUAUCGUGUUGACAAAUUACCGAAAUAUCAAAUCCCAAAAGAAGGCUGUUCAGAAGAAGAGGCUUAUCAUAUCAUCGAUCAUGAAUUAAGCUUGGACGGUACCCCAACUUUGAACUUGGCAAGUUUCGUACAUGUUAAUGUACCUGAAUACUGCAAACGUUUGUUGAACGAAAGAGCAAACAUCAACUUAGUAGAUCAAGACGAGUACCCAAGUACUCUUCAAAUACAUGGCAGAUGCGUUUCCAUCUUGGCAGAUUUAUGGCAUGCUCCUAUCGAGAAGGACGCAAACGGAAAGCGCAAGUCAGCAUUCGGUGUUGCUACAACCGGUAGCUCAGAAGCAUUAAUGUUGGGUGGUUUAGCAAUGAAAAAACGCUGGCAACACAAACGCAAAGAAGCCGGCAAGUCAAUGUAUGAACCCGGACCAAACCUUGUCUUUGGUGCAAACUGUCAAGUUUGUAUCGAAAAGUUGUGCCGAUACUUUGAUAUCGAAGCACGCGAAGUUCCCGUUAGCAAAGACAGUCGUUAUUGCUUAGACGUCAAGAAAGCCAUUGAAAUGUGUGAUGAAAACACGAUCGGUGUCUUUAACAUCUUGGGUUCCACAUACACUGGUCAUUAUGAACCUGCAUUGGAAUUGAGCAAUGCUUUGGAUGACUUGCAAAAGCGUACAAGAUUGGACAUUCCAAUUCACAUCGAUGGUGCUUCAGGUGGUUUCGUUGCACCUUUCGCUCAUCCAAACUUGAAAUGGGACUUCCAACUUCCCCGUGUCGUUUCUAUCAACACUUCUGGUCACAAAUACGGUAUGGUUUUGGCAGGUUUGGGUUGGGUUGUUUUCCGCAACGAAGACUUUGUCCCCAAAGAGCUUGUGUUUGAAUUGCACUACCUUGGUUCUGUCGAAUACAGUUUCGGUUUGAAUUUCUCUCGUCCAGCAGCACCCGUUUUGGCGCAAUACUUCAACUUCCUCAAUUUAGGAUUUGAAGGUUAUAAAGCAAUCAUGCAAGAAGAUCUCAAGAAUGCUCGUCUUUUCAGUCGUGCAUUGGAAUUGAGUGGAUUAUAUGAUAUCUUGUCUGAUAUCCAUCGUCCUGCAAGUACAACAUCUGCAAUCGGUAAAACGAUUGGCGUUUCGGAUGAAAUGGAUGCAGAAGUGUACAUGCCCGGUUUGCCAGUCGUUUCUUUCCGUUGGAAUGAUAAUUUGUAUCAAAAAGCACCUUAUCUCAAGGGACAACAACACUUCAUGCAAACCUUAUUGCGUGCAAAGGGAUGGAUCGUUCCAAAUUACAACCUUCCAAAAGGAUUGGAAGAUAUUGAAAUCUUACGUGUUGUCGUUCGUGAAGAUAUGAGCGAAGAUAUGGUUGAUCAAUUGGUUCAUGAUAUCUUAUCGAUCACUGAAGAUCUUUUGACCGAAGGUACAACUGCAGAACGUUUAACUGCAAUUUCUCAACACAAGAACAAUGCCGCUCAACAACAAAAGAGCGGAGGCAAACAUCAAACACACAAACAUCACCACAUUCACAAACAUGCCACCCGUCCACCUCCAGGUACUUCAGCUCACCCAGGUAACUCCGGUAAACAAUGUUAAACCGGUUAUCCUUGCGUCCUGCAUGUCCUAUGUUCCUUUGUUCCUAUGUUCCUGGUCUUAACUUCUGUUAUUAAAUGAUUAUAUAUAUACACAGAUAAAUGAAUAUGAUUAUAUACACGGAUCAACAAAUAAAUGAAUAUGAUUAUACAC